AGUCUCGCUAAAUUUAGCGUGGGAGACAGGAAUCACUUGAUUAGGUCUAGAGUUAGUGGAAACCCUGCUUCAACUAGAGUUCCGCCAAAUAAAGGAGAGAGAGAGAGAGCGCAAAGAGGGAAGUUACAACACAGUUAUAUGCUUCUAAUGCUCUGCAUUUUCGGAGCUUCAAUCAAUUUUUUUGAGUAGUGGGAAGAAGAAAGAAGAAAGAACUGAAGAAGAAGAAGAAGAAUAAGAAGAAGAUUUUGUUCUAAGAAAACAUUGAUUUGGAUUGCUUCUUGAUCUGUAAUAGAGUUAAGAAAAGUCCUUAAAACAUGCUGCAAGACCUGGAUUUUUGUUAGAUGAACUACUGUAGAUUUUGUUUUGUGUUUUUAUUGUGGGUUCUUGCUAAGUUUUUAUGGCGGCUCUGUCUUCAUCCAGCGAUGAUUGCUUGUCCAAUCUGCUGUGUGGGGAAGAUGCCAGCAAUGUGGUAGGGUGUUGGGAUGAGGGUGAUGAUGAUGAAAGAAUCUGUGGACAGGGAGUUGAUAAAACUAAAUCUAGAACAAAACCCAUCUUCCCUGAUUUCCCAGUUCAGGAUGAUGAAGAAAUAGCAGUCUUAGUUGGGAAAGAAUGUGAAUAUAUGCCCUUGAAAUGGUAUCAGGACCAUCGGAUGGAUUUCGCCUCUGCUCGUGCAAAUGCCAUCGGAUGGAUUCUCAAGGUUCAUGCUUAUUACAGCUUUGGUCCUCUCACGGCCUAUCUGUCUAUAAACUACCUGGAUCGGUUCCUUUCCAGAUAUCAACUGCCGGAUGGCAAGGCCUGGAUGCUGCAGCUGCUAUCUGUAGCUUGUCUUUCUUUGGCCGCUAAAAUGGAGGAAACAGAUGUUCCACUACUUCUAGACCUCCAAACCGAGGGCCCCAAAUUUGUUUUCGAGGCAAGAACCCUCAAGAGAAUGGAGCUAAUGGUGCUUGCUACUCUAGAAUGGAGAAUGCUCUCUGUUACACCGUUUUCCUUCAUAGAUUACUUCAUUCACCACGGUGGUAAUGAUGGUGGGGGCAGCAGUAGCAAAUCCCCAAUGGUUUCAAGAGUUGGCGAGCUAAUUUUAUCCACCAUCAGAGGGAUUGAUUUUUUGCAGCAUCGCCCAUCUGCCAUAGCCGCUGCAGCUGUACUCUGUGCAGCAGAGGAAAGUUUGGCCCCUGCAGAAGGUGCACGGUACAGAAAGGGGGUCCUAUCAUGCUCUACUGUAAAUAAAGAUUUGAUCCUUAAAUGUUACAGUCUAAUGCGGAGACUAUUUGCAAUUCCCAAAAGGGCCAAAUCUGCAUCUUCAUCAAUACCACAGAGUCCAGUGGGUGUGUUAGAUGGGUUUUGUACGAGCAACAGCACAACAAGCAGGGCAUCUUCAUUAGAGGAAAGCUUGAGAAGUGUGAAUCUGUACGCAUCAGUCGCUGCAAAGCGCAGAAAGCUUAACGGCUACUGCAACACAUCAACUCUUCAACCUAAUCUCUGCACCUAAGCAUUUAUACAACACCAAAAACAGCAAAAACUGAUGAAUUCAGCCUUCUUUUUAUUUAUUUAUUUAUAACACAGCCGGAGAAUGUUAUUGGGUCUGUUUUUUUCCCCCACCUUAACAUUAUCUGUACAUCGACAACAGCAAAAUAUUUAUUCAGAAUUUCUCGUCGGGUCCGGUUUUUUUUGGGGUCGAUAUUUCGGGCGUCGAAUGAAGUAAGUUAAAAGUUUUUUUGGGUGAUGGCGAGAAUCAAAAAAAAAAAUUAGUCAUGGAGUCGAUCCACUUCCCUGAGUGGCUAACGUUGUGCAAGUGUUUAUUAUUAAUUUAAUCUGAGCGAGGAAAAAUAUCUCUGUAAAUGUGUGAUUGAGAACGAUUUGGUUAUGAUGAAGGGCAUUGUACUCUCUUGAUUAAGAGUCCAGCAGCAGCAUUUACUUUUAACUGUACUGUAAACUCUCUUUUUAAUCAAGUGAUAAUUUGCUUUGGCACUGUGCAAAGUGUUAUA